GUAGGACCGGUGGGAAAAGAUCGGUCACUAAUGUCUGCAACACCCGGUGUUUGAGUUGUGGGAUGGAGUUUCGUUGACAGACUCUACUAUCGCUUGGUGAAUUUAGUUUGAAUUGAGUAUUUGUACUGACACGGAGGCGUCUGUCGGGAGCACUGACCCGAGCAUCAUGGAGGACAACAUUAUCAUCAGGGUACAAUCCCCAGAUGGGAUGAAGAAAAUUCCUUCAACCAAGAGGGAGACAGCAUCUGCUUUUUUGAAAAAGGUGGCCAAAGAGUUUGGGUUCAAUUCCAAUGGGUUUUCUAUUUACCUGAACCGCAACAAGACCGGAGAGAUCCUUUCCCAGAACAAAACUUUGAGUCUGCUAAAGAUCAAGCAUGGCGACAUGCUGUUUCUGUUCCCUUCAGGAGCCUCCUCUUCCUCCUCUGGGGAGGUGAUGGACACGGCCACCCCGCACUCAUCUUCAUCACUACCAUCCAUCUCAUCAUCAUCAUCAUCAUCCUCCUCCUCUACAUCGUCCUCCUCCAUGAUCCCCCGGUCCCUCUCAGCACCCCAGGUCCAGGAGGAUGAGAUCGAUCAGUAUCUGGCCAAGCAAGACGGCAAGAUCUACAGGAACAAAGAUCCACAACUAUGUCGCCAUGGUGCCCUUGGGAAAUGUGUGCACUGUGUACCAUUAGAGCCUUUUGACGAAGACUACCUGAAUCACCUCGACCCACCAGUAAAGCACAUGUCAUUCCAUGCAUACCUUCGCAAGCUGACCGGUGGAGCCGACAAAGGGAAGUUUGCAGCUUUGGAGAACAUCAGCUGUAAAAUCAAGUCAGGCUGUGAGGGCCACCCUCCCUGGCCGGAGGGGAUCUGCACCAAGUGCCAGCCGAGUGCCAUCACACUCAAUAGACAGAAAUACAGACACGUGGACAACAUCAUGUUCGAGAACCACACCAUCGCCGACCGCUUCCUGGACUUCUGGAGGAAGACGGGAAGCCAGAGGAUGGGGUAUUUGUACGGCAGGUACACGGAGCACAAAGACAUCCCGCUGGGCAUACGAGCUGAGGUGGCUGCCAUCUACGAGCCUCCACAGAACGCUACCCAGAACAGUCUUGAGCUGGUGGAGGACCCUAAAGCUGCAGCCGUGGAUGAAAUAGCUGCCAAACUUGGCCUGUGCAAGGUGGGCUGGAUCUUUACAGACUUGCUUUCUGAGGACACAAGGAUAGGAACUGUCCGCUUCUCAAGAAACAAAGACUCGUACUAUCUGAGCGCCGAGGAGUGCAUCACAGCAGGAUACUUCCAGAAUCACCAUUCAAACCCCUGCAGACUCUCUCGAGAUGGCCAUUUUGGCUCCAAAUUUGUGACAGUGGUGGCAACAGGCGGUCCAGAUAACCAGGUACACUUUGAGGGAUAUCAGGUGUCCAAUCAGUGCAUGGCUUUGGUGAGAGACGAGUGCCUACUGCCCUGCAAAGAUGCUCCCGAGCUGGGCUAUGCUAAAGAGUCCAGCCCAGAGCAGUAUGUACCCGACGUCUUUUACAAGGACAAAGACAAAUUUGGAAAUGAUGUCACGUUUCUAGCCCGGCCUCUCCCUGUGGAGUACCUUAUCAUAGAUAUAACUACCACUUUCCCAAAAGACCCCCAGUACACCUUCUCUUCCACACAGCGCUUCCCCAUCGAGAACAGGGACAUCCUGGGAGAGACACAAGAUUUCCACAGUUUAGCGACAUAUUUGUCCCAGUGUACCUCGACGGCAUUCCUGGACAUCGUGUCUGACUUCCAUCUGCUCCUCUUCCUCGUCACCAAUGAAGUCAUGCCUCUAAGAGACAGCAUCGGGCUGCUUUUAGACGCUGUGAGAACCUCAAACGAGGAUUUGGCUCAGACCUGGAAGAAGUCGGAGCAGUGGGCUACCAUCGAGCAGCUGUGCAGCACAGUUGGCGGGCAGCCCUCCAGCUCUUUGGGUUACGGGGCCAUGGGCGGCCCCUCAGCCCCCUCCUCCUCCUCAGCGAUGUGGUCCUGCCUCCACUGCACCUUCAUGAACCAGCCCGGCACAGAGCACUGUGAGAUGUGCAGCCUGCCCCGCAGUUAAAGCCCCGCCCCGCACCCUGCCUCCACGCCCUGAUCUGACCCCGCCCGGCCCUCCUUUUUAACUCGCCGAUGACAUCACUGCACCAGGAGCAGCUGCGAGACGUGGACACCGUUGUUUUUGUUUUCUUCGGCCUCACUCUGACGCCUCAGUCGUCCCCAUCUCACCGGCCGGCGUGAAAGGGAUGCGCUCGUUUACAUCAAAUGAAUGAGUAAAUCAAACAAAAGCAGACUGUUUUUCUUUAUUUUUGCACCCUUCCUCACAGCGGUGUUAGUAAGGGGCGGGGUUUGUUAAGGUAAAGCACUUUUGGCUGAGGCUCCAACCCCCAGAUUAAUCACACCCCCCCCUUGAAUAAAUCGUGCUGUGACUCAGGACGACAGCUAAGACUCAAAUGUUUGGAUGUUCUCUCACAUCAGUGCCCCGCUCUCACUCUCACAACGUCUUCUGGAAAAUUCUUGCUGUGUAUAAAUAUAUUUGAGGAAUGA